CAAUCGGGCUGGACUGGGAGCUGCUGCUGCUUUACUCCGACAGACAGGCAACCUGAACGGACUGGAACUUGACGCGAGCCGCUGCUACCGAGCUCCAGGGAGCAACCAGCCUCUGGGAGUUUAGUCCAACAAGUUACACCCAACCCAACCUUGAUUACAGCAACAGCGAACAGUUCUUUGUGCAGCCCUGGAGGUCAUCAAAUUAAAUCAGAGCCCCGUAAUCACUUGAAUUAAGUGACAUUUAAUAUGUCCAUAUUGCCGUUCACUCCUCCGAUCGUGAAGAGGCUUUUGGGCUGGAAGAAAGGAGAACAAAACGGACAGGAGGAGAAAUGGUGCGAAAAGGCUGUCAAAAGUCUCGUAAAGAAGCUGAAGAGGACGGGACAGUUGGAGGAAUUGGAAAAGGCCAUCACAACACAGAAUAUCUACACAAAAUGCUUAACCAUACCCAGGUCUUUAGAUGGACGUCUGCAGGUCUCGCACAGAAAAGGUCUUCCUCAUGUGAUCUACUGUCGCCUGUGGCGCUGGCCGGACCUGCAGUCUCAUCAUGAGCUGAGGGCGGUAGAUCACUGUGAAUUUGCCUUUCACACCAAGAAGGAUGAAGUGUGCGUCAACCCCUACCACUAUCAGAGGAUAGAGACUCCGAUUUUGCCGCCUGUUCUAGUCCCACGCCACACAGAUAUACCUGUUGAGUUUCCACCACUGGAUGACUACAGCCCAUCAAUACCUGAAAAUACCAAUUUCCCUUCUGGCAUUGAGCCUCAGAGCAAUUAUAUUCCUGAAACUCCCCCUCCAGGGUAUCUGAGUGAGGAUGGUGAGACAAAUGAUCACCAACUCAACCACAACAUGGACACAAGUUCACCCAGCCUUUCACCCAGCCCUGUUUCACCCACAAACAAUAAUUCUGACCCACAGCCUGUGACGUAUUGCGAAUCAGCUUUCUGGUGCUCCAUCUCUUACUAUGAGCUGAACCAGCGUGUCGGUGAGACCUUCCAUGCAUCCCAGCCCUCCCUCACAGUAGAUGGAUUCACUGACCCCUCAAAUUCUGAGCGCUUCUGUCUGGGCCUGCUGUCCAACGUCAACCGGAACUCAGCCGUAGAGCUCACUCGCCGACACAUAGGACGUGGCGUAAGGCUAUAUUACAUUGGGGGAGAAGUGUUUGCAGAGUGUCUUAGUGACAGUGCCAUCUUUGUUCAAAGUCCUAACUGUAACCAGCGAUAUGGGUGGCAUCCUGCCACAGUGUGCAAAAUACCUCCAGGAUGCAACCUGAAAAUUUUUAACAACCAAGAAUUUGCUGCCCUCCUGGCUCAGUCGGUCAAUCAGGGCUUCGAGGCUGUUUACCAGCUCACCAGGAUGUGCACCAUUCGCAUGAGCUUUGUCAAGGGUUGGGGGGCUGAGUAUAGACGUCAGACAGUGACCAGCACCCCCUGCUGGAUAGAGCUGCACCUUAACGGUCCUUUACAAUGGCUGGACAAGGUCCUCACCCAGAUGGGCUCUCCCAGCAUCCACUGCUCCAGUGUCUCUUAGGAAAACUAGUCCCAGAUAUGCAACUGAGUUCAAGUCACAUAGGAAAAGACAAGAUUUUGUCUGUGAAAACACAAGAUUCAGUUUCCUGGAAUAUCAGUAUCACAUAAAACCACUAACAAUUAUUUUUAAAGCAGAAAUGUUGGCCAUAUGAACAUUAUGUCCAUAUGUCGUACAUUAUAUACACUCGGUAGAAGCUGAUUUUGGAUUAUUUACUGCAUCACUGUAUGCUCAUAGUUUUCCUGAGAGAUCAAGAACGCACAGGUUGCUUCAGGUUGUGGAUGUUUCCGAUCAGUUCUUUGUAAGUUUGCCAUCCUAUCAGGCAUAGGAAAACUUUUGCCAAUAAAGCAAUUAUUGGCAGCAUGGACAGGUGAGGAUCAGCUGAAAUGCUGAUUCCUGUGCUUCCCUCUGCUGAGAGAGGGAAGCAUGAGCUUUUCUAAAACUUCCUGGUAGAUGGCUUCACUGAUGUUGGACUUGUUAAUAAUAAUUUGUAUUAUUAUUUGUAAUAAUACAAAUUAUCUCUGUAUUCUCAGAAAACUGACACCUUUAAUGACAUCGCAUCUCUUUGUGGCUAACCCACCUAGUUGAGAAAGUUGUACUGUUGUCCACAACUAACAACUUUACCAUGACUGUGUAGGUCUAACAUAAUAGUUUUGCUAAGAAAAAACAUGUCUUAUUCAAAUACUCUUCGAAACUGAAUUUCACGGAUGGUUCAGUUGUAAUACUUAAUUAUUCUAAUGAACAGAAGUAAAUGCCUUGCAAAGAUCUCUUUAAAACACUGUGAAUGAAAUUACUUAGAGCAGGGCUUCAAUGAUAUUCUAAAUUUAGAUGCAGCUGUAUCUGAAAUCCCUCUCUCCUGUGCAAGAGAUUGAAAUCAAUUUAAAAUGCUUUAUUUUGCUUCAUUCAUUGAAUGGAUUUAUUCUUUACAGACAUUUAAAAUGUGUGUUCCCCAAAUUUAGAUAAUGUUUUUUCAGUGAUUUAAUCAAGAUUAAUUGUGUGUCUUACUAUUUGUGAGACCCAAUCUCACACACUUAACAGAGAGGGGAAUUAAAUGAUACAUGAAAUAACUUGAAAAGUAUUCAGUUGUCCUUUCAUGUCAUCUGUCUUUUAAGUACAUGCUACUUCCCAAAUAGUGAUUUAUUUAUGUAAAUUAUCUAAUUUAUGAUUCAAUUGGUAUUUUGUCUACACUAAGGAAAAAACAAAGCACUGUUGUUUCUGUAAAAAAAUGUAUGAACUAUUUUCUUCUCUGAAAGAGACAUAGAAGUUAUUUUUGCAUAUUGUCUGACAUGGAAAUUUAUUUUUAUCAUUUCCUAAAUAUGACUGUAAAUAAGUUGAUUAGAGCUCGUAAUUUCAUGUUGGCAAAAAAACUUGAAAUAGUGGACCCGAUGAACCUUUGCCAAAGGGCUGACUGAUAAGACUUUAAUAAUCCCAAACUUGAGUUGCAUAAAGUGUGCUUCUAGCAUGCGUGAGCUGGUUGUACACAUCUGGAACAGAUUUCUGUAUCAAACCUUAUUUAUUUUUCAAUAGAGACACAAUGCAGACCAUAUUUGUCUUUAUAGGAGGUUAACUGAAUUUAGACACCAUGUGACUGUGGGGUGAAAACAAGAAACGUUUUGUGAUUCACUGUCCUUGUGAGAAAAUGAUGUACUUCCAGUUUACUAUUCAUCACUUUAAAAUUGUAAUGAUUGCUUGCCCAAAAACACUGUAUACCACAUAUACAAUGUUAUAAUAUAAGGCAUGUGUCUUCGAUCGCUGUCUGGUGCAAUGUUCAUCCUGCACUUAUAGUACAUAGAACUAUGUUACCAUGUGAUCUACAACGGCAACAUGGUAGUCGUCUAAACACCGUGUACUAUAGUGCAUUAUGUUGUUUGUAAACUUCUGUAUUCUCUUUAUUUUUGUAGUGGCUUUUCUGGGCCAAGUCUUGCAUAUAUGUAGCCUUUUUGCCUUCGGUCAAAUGACUGAAACAAAUUGCUCUAAAUGUGAAAUUUUAUUAAAAUGCAACAGACAAGUC